AAUAUUCAAAACAAAACAGCUUUGUAAAUAUUUAUUAUUAUAAUACUCUCGGAUGUAACAAUCAUUUGAUAAAAUGAUAAUUUCCUGUUGUGAAUAGUGAAAAGCCAAGAUCUUAUACGAAGUAAAAUAUAUAAUAAUUUGUACAUACCAUUUUCAAUAAAUAAAAUGUCUUCAUUAUUAUCAGCUGAACUUUCUGCUACUUGCAAUGCCCUUGGAACUUUUGACAAAAAAACCGGUAAAUACUUAAUUGAUGAAUUUACCAUUAAUACCGUUAAAGAUCUUAUUCGAUAUUUGCGUCGCGAUGGUGAAGAUCAUGAAAUAAGAAGGCAUUUGGGCCAAACAAAAGUGCUACAAACUGAUUUACUUCGGAUGUUAAUAGAUCAUUGGGAGAAUGCUGAACUGUUUGAUGUAACUCUAAGACUUUUAGUAAACUUGACAAACCCAGCUCUGCUCUUGUACAGAGAAGAAGUACCAACCGAAAGAACAGCGAGACACAACUAUUUGCAAAUACUCACACAUUUACAAGCAUAUAAAGAAGAAGCAUUUAGCAAAGUUGAUAUUUGGAAUGUUUUCUCACAAAAACUAGCAAAAAUAUUAGAAACUGACUGGUCAGAGCGAGAUGAGGACACAGGAUUGAUAAUUGAAAGAAUAUUAAUUUUAAUCAGAAAUGUGUUACAUGUUCCUGCUGAUUUAGAUAAAGAGAAAAGGCCUGAAAAUGAUGCUAAUAUACAUGAUCAGGUUUUAUGGAGCCUAAAUCAAUCAGGUAUUUUAGAUAUUAUUUUAUACAUGUCAUCAGAGAAUGAAAAACAGUACUUUAUGCAUAUAAUUGAAAUAAUAUCACAUUUAUUGAGAGAACAAAAUCCAAGCAGUCUUGCUGAUGCUGCAUUACAAAGGAGUGUGGAUGAAAAAUUAAAAGAUGAACAGGAAUUACUAUCUUUAAGAAUAACAGAAAAUAAUCUAAGACUCAGCAAAAUUAAGCAGUACUCUGCCACAAGACACUCUCGAUUCGGAGGAACAUAUGUUGUGCAGAACAUGAAAUCUAUAUCGGACAACGAGAUAAUUAGCUUGAAGCCAUUAAACGACAUAUCGAAAUUAGAUUUUAGCGGCGGAAAAAAAUCGAAACUGGUGAAACCAAAAAACAGGAGGCCAAUGGAAAGUGGAAUGUUAGAGAGGCGAUCCGCUUUCGCGAUAAGAUUAUUCUUAAAAGAGUUUUGCAUUGAGUUUUUAAACGGCUCCUACAAUUCACUCAUGCAUUACGUGAAGGACGUACUCGUCAGAGCCAAGGCCCAGCAAAACGACGAGUCGUAUUACUUGUGGGCGGUUAAAUUCUUCAUGGAAUUUAAUAGAGGACACAAUUUUCAAGUUGGAUUGAUCAGCGAAACUAUGUCAAUUCCUAUGUUCCAUUACGUGCAACAACAAAUGGAGAAAUACUAUGAUAUGAUCAAAGUUGAAAAAAAGAAGUUCGGAGUCUGGGUUAGGAGGUUGCACCUGGCGUUGCGCGCCUACAAGGAACUCCUCUACACCUUACUGGCCAUGGACAAAAGCACCGAUCCAACGGUCAAAGAAUCCGCUAAAGUAUUAAAGAGUAAUAUAUUUUACGUCCUAGAGUACAGAGAGUUUAUACUAAACACAUUUCUUAACUACGACGAAAAUAAAAUGCCAAGGUCUUAUUUAGUGGAUUUAGUCGAAACUGUACAUUUGUUCUUGAAAAUGCUUGAACAUUAUUGCAAGAAGACCGGAUUAGUGGUGCAGAAGAAGAUCAAGAAGAAAUCCAAAUCUAAGAGGAACAAACCGAGAGCACAAAGAGCUCCGCCAACGGAGCCAGGAGCCCCCGCGUGGGAGGAGGCCCGGCCUCAGCUGGCGGCCGUGCUGUCCGCAGGCCCGGAGGAGUACCCGCCGCCCUUCGACGCAGCCUCCGAUGUCCCGAUAGACCAGCAAAAGGAAGAUUGCAUGAGGAACAUACAGAAGUCGAUGCGGGAGUACAAGUUCGAGAACGCCGUCGGGAUGUUCAGGGCUGCGAGGGAGGUGUGGCCCGAAGACGGUAUUUUCGGUGCUAGCGACAUCGCUGAAGACGAAGAGCUGAAUAUGCUGGAAACGAUUUAUAACACUGAUUUGGGUGUUGUGACAGAUGUCACAGAAAUUGACGAAGUCGACGAAACCCAAGGUUCAGAAUACGAGGAGGAAGACGAAGAAGAAAGGUCGACUGCCAUUGUCGAGACUGAUUUCGAUUUUCAAGACUUCGUUCAAAGGUUUUGUCAUCCAAAAGUUGUGAGCUCGUGCAUCUCGCUGUUGGAACGAUACGACAAAAAUUUACCCCACACAAAUCACUGUGCCAUCAAAAUGCUGCACAGAGUAGCUUGGGAUUGCAAACGACCCUCCAUGAUGUUUCAAGCCAGCUUGUUUUUGAUAUUUCAAAAAAUAUUCAACCAUCCCAUGCAGCAAUAUAAGGAAUUAGAGAAGUUCGGUAUAUAUAUUUUUCGAAAAUUCACCGAAAUAGCCUCUAAAAAUCCGAAAGCCUUCAUAGAACUGUUGUUCUGGACAAAUUCCAAAGACGCAUUGGACAUUGAAUACGGAUACGAUCUCUACACCGACAGCAGAGACAAACUGGGCAAAGGCGUUUGGUCCGAAGAACAAGAAGAAGAACUCAGACGGCUUUACAUGGAGAAUCAGACCAACCCGGAAACAGAUCAAGACGUCAUCGAUUGGAUCCUGGAAAACCUGAUAGACCGUACUCGAACCCGACGGUCGGUUAUAAAGAAACUAAAAGAACUAGGACUCAUAUUCAAAGCUCCUACGAAGCGCAGUAACAAGGAGCGAGCGAGAGAGAGAGUGCCCAAAGAGUUCAGCCCAGAAGAGGACGAAAUGCUCCGGGAACUAUGGCCGCAGUAUGCCGACUCCACUGAUCCAAUGGCUUUGAUCAUAUCUCGUAUGCCUCGGAAACGGCAGAAGAAAAGCUACGUGGAGAGGUUAUUGGAACUCGGCCUCGUAAAGGAUAAGAAUGAGUGUCGUAAAAAAAGACAAAAGAACUCCGAAGGUAAAAGCACCCGCUCGGGCGACGAUAAAUCGAACGACGAUGAAUCUUCUAGUUCCGGAUCCGAAUCGGAGAGCGAUACCAAGCGUGCUUCGUUCUCAUCGAAACAGACGGCACCAAAGCCCCGCAAAAUUAAAAAUCAGACUAAAGCUAAACGCGUGGAAUUGAAUGCGAGCCAAGUCGCCAAGUUGUUGGUCAGCGCCGUCGACAACGGAUUAUCCGAAGCAUUAAAAUGGCUGGCGGAAAAUCUAGAAGAACUAGCCUUGGACCAAGAAGCGGAAGGCUACGAUCCGAACUCUGAAGGCACACCGCUGGUGCCCAUAACCGAUGAGUCAACCGAAGCCAUGGACAACGAACUCUUCAAACAAGUACUGCUGGGGAUCGGUGUGGUCCCACCUAAUGAUGAACAAGAAUCCUACUGGAGAAUACCGAGCUGUUUACACUUUGAAACGAUCAGAAAAAGACGUGAGAUAAUUAUGAGGGCAGUUCAAAGGGAACUAAUAAUCGGUCCCUUAAAUGAAGACCAAACUGAGAAACAAUUACAUGAAAUUGCUGUAGACGAAUCGAGCAACGACGAUGAUCUCUUCAAUAACUUGCGUAAACUUAGAGAAAUAAAUGCAGAUACGAAGAAAGUCAUACGUACGGAGACUGCCAACGACAUUACUAAAUCUAACAACAGGAAGCGCGGUCGCACAGAAUCGAAUCAAGAGAACAGAAAACAGAAGCUAACCAAAAUCGAUGAGGAUUACGAACACGAGCUCACGGAGGACUCUGAGGACGUACUCUCCUUUGCGAAGAGAACUCUGCAACAAGACACACCGGACACUGAAGAAAUUUUAAACAAUAUAUCUAAAUUGACCAGCGACAAUAGUGGCGACGACGAAGACAUAGUACCGGUGAAGCGAAAUUCAAAAAAACGUCGCAUCGUCAUCGAAGACGAUUCGGAAUAAUUUUAUUUGAUGGUUUCAAGAGAUGUUUUAAUAAAAGAAUUAUCUAAU